GGUGUUGCCCAGCCAUGGCUGCCGCUAGCCCCUGGGACCUGGCCUCCGCGCCAAACGCUGCCGGGCUACUGCUGGGCCAUUUCGUAGCUUCAGGGUUGGUCACUCAGGAAAUGUUAAAUAUAUCUAAGAAUUCAGCUUCUUGCUUUGUGAACUUCUCCAGACAACAGCACAUCACAGAUGUUCAAGCUGAAAUCUACCAGAAAAACCUGGAAAUUGAGCUCCUACGACUAGAAAAAGAUGCCGCAGAUGUUGUCCAUCCUUCAUUUUUGGCUGAGAAGUGUCAUGCUCUGCAAAGCAUGAAUAAUCAUUUGGAAGCAGUGCUGAAAGAGAAGCGGUCCCUCAGGCAAAGACUGUUGAAAGGCACGUGCCAAGAAAACUUGCCAAUUGAAGCUGUUUAUCACAGAUAUAUGGUACAUUUGCUGGAGUUGGCAGUAACUUUCAUUGAGAGAUUAGAAAGCCAUCUGGAAACAAUUAGAAAUAUCCCUCAUUUAGAUACAAAUCUAAAGAAAAUGAGCACAGCUUUAGCAAAUAUGGACAUUUUGGUGAUGAAGACAGAAGAACUGGCAGAAACUAUACUCAAGUGGCGAGAACAACAGAAGGAAGUUUCCUCUUGUAUUCCCAAAAUAUUAGCUGAAGAAAAUUUUCUUCAUGAUGUUAUAAUGCCUCCUUUACCUUUUACUUCCAAAGUUAAAGUCCAAACUGGUAACACCAAGUGAUUAUCAACUGGGUAUUUUUGUUUAAUUAUAUAUAGUUGUGUGAAGUCCAUUUCUAGUGAGUUAUGGUAUUUAUAGACUUGGCUGCUAGCAUUACUCAAAGAGCCCUCUUUGUAGUAAGAUUCCAAGUUCAUUAAGACCAAACUGAAUUUUCCUUUGUUUGUCAUAUAUUUUUCAUUUCACUUUUCAUUAAAAAAUAUAGCUAUGAUGAUCUGUUAACAUGAGUGCCUUAACCAUAUUGUAGGCAGCAGACUUUAUAUGAUGUUUUUUAAAAAAUGCUUAUUUCUGGGAGUUCCCUUCAUGACUCAGUGGUUAAUACAUCUGACUACCAUCCAUGAGGAAGCAGGUUCGAUCCCUGGCCUCGCUCAGUGGGUUAAAGAUCCUGUGUUGCUGUGAGCUGCGAUAUAGGUCACAGAUGAGGCUUGGAUGCUGUGUUGCUCUGGCUGUGGCGUAGGGCAGCAGGUCCAGCUCCAAUUUGACCCUUAGCCUGGUAAUCUCUGUAUGCCAUUAGUGUGGCCCUAAAAAGCAAAAUAAAUAAAUAAAUUUUAAAAAUUAAAAAA